AUGCAGAGAUCAGCUUACGCAGCUGUUGUAUUCCACAAUGUAGCUGAGAUGUACCCAGCAGAUGCCCAUGUUGAGUGUUCGUAUACAAUCACGAGUGAUAUCACCCCCUCUACUAGAGAUUGGGUUGGAUUAUAUAAAGUAGGGUGGAUGUCUCCUAAUGAUUAUUUUUAUUAUGAAUGGGCUCCCUAUCCGAAGGACUAUAAACCAGAAACUGAUGCCCAAGCUAAAAUAUUAUAUCAAGCUCACAAUCUACCAGAUGAUGAUGGUGAAUUUUAUCAGUUUUGUUACGUAACAAGUUCUGGUCAUAUCCGAGGAGCCAGUACACCAUUCCAAUUUAAAAGACCAAGUGCCGGAGAUUUCGUAGAAGUGGAGGAUGAAGAUAAUGAUAUGUUGAUUGUUCAGGAGAAAACUAUUUAUUUGGAA